AUGCUCUACUUGCCGCUCCCGCUGUGGUGCCCGCCGGAUGCCUUUGUCAAUGCUGCCGUCGUUAUUGGUUUGUGGAUGUCUUGUUUGCUCUUUAUCGCCCAGGACCCAGAGGACCUCUACUAG